CAGCUUGUGGGCUGGAUUGUGGAAGACACACAUGACACAGACAGACAAACCUGAGCAGAUACAGCAAGAGCUUCGCUUGAGGGCAGAACUUAUUGGAAUACAGCGUGGAUCAGAGUCCGUGAGAAUACGAUUUUGUUUUGAAGUGUCAUUCUAAUGACACACGAAAGCUCAGCAACAGAGAAAGCCUUCACAACGACGUUUUAAUUUACAAGCAACUUUAUUGCGUAGCUAAAUGUGAAAUUGCGUUAUUCUAGGUGGCAGCGUGAAUGUACUGGAUACAGUCUACAUGGGAAGCUCACAAUAGAAUACUUCAGCUCACAACUGAAUCAUGUAUUAUUACGAACACUUAAAGUGAUUGCAUUUUCGAAUCCAAAAGUUGCGAAUACAAUUGGAUAUUUUCUUACUAGUUGAUAAUAAAAGACUGACAUAUGGUGAUUAAGAUCUGGAACUUGAAAUCUGCUGCUGCAUGCUUAAUCGACAUAUUCAGAAACUACGUAGUAGUGUUAUCGUGGAAGCCACAAAGUUACGAUUUAAUCUUAGAAUGCAAUUUAUAUUUUGCUGGCUGAAAACUAUCGGUUGCAAAAUCUAAACUGACAACAAUAUAUAGUAAUUUGCAUAACUGAAAGUUCCUGGGAUUGUGAUACUGAUGCACAUGUCAAAACUUGUAGCAGUCAGUGCUGAGAUAGCUUCCCACACACCGUCGAUUUUGGGAACAAGCAGACGAACGUGAUCAAGUUGUGUUUUUUUUUUUGUGUGUGUGUUUUUUUUUGGUGCCAUUACGGGACAUCAACGUUGAUAUGCCAGGAGGAUGACCAACAGAGGCAGCCCAGUGAAGGCUUAUGAUUUUCUGCUGAAGUUCCUGCUGGUCGGAGACAGCGAUGCUGGGAAGGGAGAAAUCUUGUCAAGUCUGCAGGAUGGAGCCAGUGAGUCUUCUUACGGAUACAAUAUGGGGAUUGAUUACAAGACCACAACCAUUCUGCUGGACGGACGGAGGGUUAAACUGCAGCUCUGGGACACAUCUGGCCAGGGGAGGUUCUGCACGAUAUUCCGCUCCUACUCCAGAGGUGCCCAGGGCGUGAUCCUGGUUUAUGACAUCACCAAUCGCUGGUCAUUUGACGGUAUUGACAGGUGGAUCAAGGAGAUUGAUGAGCAUGCACCGGGUGUUCCUAAGAUCCUGGUGGGGAAUCGUCUUCACCUGGCCUUCAAGAGACAGGUGACUACAGAGCAGGCCCAGGUCUACGCAGAGCGUCUCGGCAUCACCUUCUUCGAGGUGAGCCCUCUGUGUAACUUCAACAUCACCGAGUCCUUCACUGAGCUGGCCCGGAUCGUGCUGAUGAGGCACGGGAUGGAGAGACUCUGGAGGCCCAACAAAGUGUUGAGUCUUCAGGACCUCUGCUGUCGAUCCAUAGUGUCCUGCACCCCUGUUCACCUGGUGGACAAGCUCCCUCUCCCUGUUGCCUUAAAAAGCCACCUGAAGUCUUUCUCCAUGGCCAACGGACUGAACGCCAGGAUGAUGCACGGGCGCUCGUAUUCCCUCACCGCCAGCAGCGGCAACAAGAGGAACAGCCUGAAGAAAAACAAAAUGAUUGGUCCUCCUCUGAGCCUGUCACAGAGCUGUGCCAGGAACAGCUGCAAGAUCUCCUAGCCCCGCCCCCAGCAAUAACUACAGGGAGUUACUGACUGAAACCCCUUGUCAUUCAAGGACCCCAGAAGCUAUUCACUACUGGGCUUCAUGGAAAGGAGAUGAAAUAAUAAUGAUGAAUGUUGGGAUCUCUUUCUGGGUUCACUCAGAUUAAUGUUGCUGCUAGAUCAAUGUUGUGGAUUCGGGACGACAAUGCACUAUAAUGGUGUGCAGAUGUAAAUCUUUACCUGGGAGGUGUACAGAAGAGACUUUUCUUUUUAGUUUGGGUUUUGGUCUGAGCCAUUCUUAAUGAAUUAAAAAUAAAUACAUGGAAAGUAUGACAGUUUUUUGUUUUUUUUAAAUCAUGGAAAUAAGGGAUUGUGUGUAAUCAAAACUAUUAAAAUUUUGGUGGGAGUUAGUAUUUCGAUGCAAUAGAAUUAUUGUAAAAUAACUACAUUAAAGUUUGCUGACCCAUGAAAUGGAUUUUUAUUUAAGCCAUUUUCAAGUAUUCCUUGGAAUCUCACAAGCACUAAUGAAAGGUGGCUGCAGAAACCUGUACAUAAAUUAAUAUACAGGAAAAUCUGCUUUUUGUGUAUUUAAUAUAUAUUGUGUUAUUUGAUACUUUUGUGCUUUAUUGUUUGGUCUGUAUCAUAUAUUAUUUCAUUUUUAAAGUGUAAAGUGAUAGGGAUUGCAAAGAGGAAGGAAGAUGCCAAAGAUGUUGGUAAAGUGAAGAGAUGUCGGAGCAACAAACAAAAGUGUUUUUACAAAGUGUUUUGUAAAUUAUGAGCACUAUUAUUUCCAAUAAAUGUUUCAAACAAGAAAAGACUUAUUUUUCAC